AUGUCCAAUAUCAAUCGAUUGAGAACACUUAAAUCCCUUUUGUUGGAAGACACCUUUGGGUCGCCAAUCAAAAGUCCAACAGAGAACGAUUGUAAUGCAAAAAAUUCGAUUGAUGAACCACAAUUUCAUCGAAUCAAUCCUCAACACAAUCUAAAUAGUUAUACUGGUGCAAAAGGCCGUGCUUUGUUGAAGGAACAACUAGAAAGCGAAAUUUUUCAUCAAAGUAGCCAAGAAUCGAAUGAAGAAUUUAAUGAACCAGUAAAAGAUCAAUUAAACACAAAAGAAACUUUGCUACAAACAUCACAUAAGCUUAGACAAGACGCAAAACUUAAAAAUGAACUUGACAUCAUUAGAGACCAAGAAGAAAAGCUUCUAGAACAAGUAUCACAUUCUCUAACUUCAAAUUUGCAACCUGUAGCAGAAAGAGCAAAAGGAAUCACUCAUAAAAGGUUGCCAGUGUUGUGGACUUUACCAAAAAAGUAUAAAAAAAUGACCCUUGAUGAAAUAGAAAAGGUUAGAGCUAGAAAUUACAUUGAUAUAAAUGGAACGAAUGUACCUCCACCCAUUAGAAGUUUUAGGGAUAUGAAAUUUCCUAAACCAAUCCUAAAAUAUUUGGCCAAAAAAAACAUUAAAACCCCCACUCAAAUACAAAUGCAGGCAAUUCCAGCCGUGCUACAGGGAAGAGAUAUAAUAGCUAUUGCAUAUACAGGUAGUGGUAAAAGCAUGGUUUUCAUACUACCUAUGAUAAUGGUUGCGUGGGAAUACGAACUAAGAAUGCGCAUUUUGAAAGGGGAGGGACCUUUUGCUUUGGUUCUAUGUCCUUCAAGGGAGCUUGCUUCACAAACUUGUUCAAUAGUUGACGAUAUAACACAUUACAUUUACGAUUACACGGGGCUACGACUUAAAACAUUGUGUCUGAUUGGUGGGGUUAAUCUAUUUGACCAAUCUGAUAAAAUUUCUAGGGGAAUACAUAUGGUAAUUGCAACGCCAGGUCGGUUGAUUGAUUUUCUUAACAAUAAGAGGAUGGCAUUAUCACAAUGUUUAUAUAUUUGCAUGGAUGAAGCGGAUAGAUUGAUAGAUUUGGGUUUUGAGGAUGACAUUAGGAAUGUCAUGAACCAUUUAAGUGGUCCACGCCAAACGUUAUUAUUUUCAGCCACAAUGCCUAAAAAGAUACAGGAAUUUGCCAUAACAGCUCUGUUUGAUCCGGUAGUGAUAAACAUUGGCAGAGCUGGUGCAGCUAAUUUAAACGUGAUUCAGGACGUUGAGUGGGUCCAACAAGAGAUGAGGUUACCUAUGCUGCUAAAAAGCCUGCAAAAAUCAUCACCACCGGUUCUGAUUUUCUGUGAAAACAAACGAGAUGUGGAUGAGAUUCACGAGUAUUUGUUACUAAAAGGUGUGGAAGCGGUGGCUAUUCAUAGCGGAUUAAUGAUGCGUGAUAGGCAAGAGGCUAUUAGACAAUUUAGAAAUGGCACGAAGGAUGUACUAGUGGCCACUGGUGUUGCUUCCAAGGGUUUGGACUUCCCAGACAUAAAACAUGUUAUAAAUUUUGACAUGCCUAGAGAAAUUGAAGAUUACGUACACAUGAUAGGCAGAACCGGAAGAUCCAACAGGAAGGGAUUAUCAACAACAUUUAUACACAAAGGUGUAUCACAAAUAGUUUUAAUGGACCUUAAAACGUUGUUAAUAGAGGCUAAACAAAGGAUACCUGAAUUCCUAAAGGUACUAGAUUCCAAAGGACUCAAUUUGAAGUCCAUUGGUGGACUGAGAGGUUGUGCCUUUUGCAGUGGAUUGGGGCACCGUAUUAGCGAUUGUCCCAAAUUGAAAUCGCAAAGAAAUAAAGUGAGCCAGAAGAAUCGGGAUUUGGUUAGCAGUGGUAGUAGGUAUAACUCGGAGAAUGGAUAUUGCGGUGAUUGGUGA